CCAUUAUACCAACAAAUGGAAUUCACACAGAUCAAGCUACUCACCUGUAGAUCUGUUCAAUUCCAAAGUGUUAGUGCCUAGGAGAAGGUGAAAGAAAACAAAAUGUGUACCUCCUUAGCACCAAAUGCAGGCAGUGUGAAGAAUUGGGACCUAAUGAAGCAAGCAGCAACAAAAGUUAUACUGCUGCUUUGUUUGAUCCUCCACUUCAUUGCAACAUCAGCUCAGCAAGAGGAUCAGAAUUGGGAGAAACAAUGGUGCAUAGCAGAUCAGCAAACUCCAGAUGAUAUACUACAGAAAGCUCUCAGCUGGGCAUGUGGUCCUGGUGGCGCAGACUGCACGAUGAUUGAACCAAAUAAAUCGUGUUAUUUUCCCAAUAAUGUCAAAGACCACGCAUCCUAUGCCUUCAACAGCUACUGGCAAAAAAUGAAGAAACAAGGUGGUUCCUGCUACUUCGAUGCGGCUGCAAUGGUCACUGACCUGGAUCCAAGUCAUGGUUCAUGCCAGUUUGAAGUGGUUCCCUGAUAUAUUGACGAGGAAAAAUAUGCUCAACAGAUAGUUUCUCUUUAUGGAGGCUAUCACUACUUGGAAACAUAUAUGGGAUGGAGCACAAGAGAUAAAAUGUUUCUACACACUUCAAGAUAUUUUUGUUAUGCAAGUUAACUUCAAUAAGAAUCAUUUUCCAGUGUUCAUAUUGCAAACCUGCAACUUGUUUUAACCAUAAAGUGAGUGAUUGCGCAGGUUUCCUACAAUGCAUUGAAGGGGCCAGACAGCUAGAAUAUAGUUAUAACCAAGCAUUUAAUAGCUACUUGGUCCACUAUUGACUUUAGCCAGUGACCCAUGAGCAUGAUUAGUUCAUAAUUCCAAUAUUUCAUAUGAAGCAAAUCAAACCACUGGUACACUAAGUAGUAACGAAAUGGUCUUAAGGACGGUGUAAACAACAUAGACUUCAUUUCAAGCAUAAUAGUUGGCGCACUGAACCAGUCUACGGACUA